AUGUGGAAAGAUGCGAAAUGUUUCUAUUGUUUGGCUAUUUUGAAUAGAGAUUGUUGGCUGACUUCUUUUUUGAAGAUUCCUAAAAUUAUCGCAAUUGCAUUACAAGAUGAUGAACAAUACGAUUUUUUUAUCGACCAGCACAUGUUCAUGUGCAUGCUAUCAGAAUAUCAGAUUAUAGAACAACAUUUCAGUUUAAAAAUUGAUUCAAUAAACAGCAAACGUUGGUCUUGCAUAAAUCACAUAGCGAGACCAACCCGAAAGCAAGCACAUAACCCGAAGGAAAGAAAAGACUUGUUAACAAGACUUUUGUCUUGUAAACUCGGAAAUGUGAUUUAUGAUUCAAUGUCUCUUAAGCAAAAAGAAAAGAAAAAUUAA